AUGGGCAGACAGGACCCGGCGGCGCGGCGGGUGUCGAACCUGACCGACUCGCAGGUCGAACGGAAGCGGGCCAUUGACCGGGCGAACCAGCAGCACUGUCAGCGGCGCAAGAAGGCACGGAUGCAGUGGCUGGAGCAGGAGGUGCCUCACUCCCCCACGUCGACGACAUCGAUGUCGUCCCUGUCGUCGAUGCCGACCAUUGCCGUGCCCGUCGCCCACCGCAGCGGCCUGCCCGGCGUCCUCCCCGACGACGACGUCGACGCGAGCCACAGCGACUCCAUCUGGACAGUCAACCUGCGCGAGAUCCUGGACCCGAACCACCACGACAGCGAGCUCGGCAACAUUGCCUUUGAGUUCCCGAUGCCGCCCCCACACGACGACGUGACGCUGUCGCCACCGAUGCUGGCAAACGUCGAUGGUGCCGGCGACGGCAGCACCAUGGCCUUUGCACACAGCCUGGCACCGCCCACGACCCCCGCGUGGCAGACCGUGCCGCUGCACCUGGCGCCUGCCAACGACCUGGACCGCUUCAUCUUUGACACGACCAAUUCGGGCCGGCGGCUGCAGCAGCAGUCGGGCGGUGCCGGCGAGCUCACACAGGCCGAGUUUCCCAGUAUCUCGUCGCUGCUCAACCCCAAUUUGGGCGACGACGGGUCCAAACCGCUGACAUUUGCCCUGGCGACACACGUCGUGGCCAAGAGCAACGUCCGCUCGGUCACGACACGCAUUGCCUUGAUGUACACGCUGUCGCACUUGCUGCGGUGGCUCGUCUGCCGCAACAAGUCCAGCUACGACAAGCUGCCCGAGUUUCUGAAACCGACGCACCUGCAGCGCACCGUCCCGCACCCGCCGUGGGUCGACAUCAUCACGUGGCCGCAGGCGCGCGACGCCAUCAUUCGCAGCAAGUCGUGGCUCACAGAGGACUUUGAGUUUGACGAGUUCCGCGUCAAAACGGGCGCCGACAUGUCGGUAAACUGGCCGUACACAGACUCGGGUGCCUUUUUGGACCUGGGCGACGGCCAGAACCUGGUGCUGAGCCCCAUCUUUGAGAACCACAUCCGUCGGGUGGAGAACUGGACCCUGGGCAAGAAAACGGCGACCGAUUACCCAUUUAUGCGCUUCUUCUGCAAGGACCUGGUGGAGGAGGGGCUACAAUGA